AUGGAUCGCACGACGUCAUUACAGGGCAGCAGUUGGCUGCUGCUGCUCCUGCUGUUCUUCUUCGGCUUUACAUCGUUGAGUCUUGCCGGUUCACCCACCUCAUUCUGUAAAUGCACCUGCUUCUCCAACAGCACCAUCAUCCCCCUCGAUCCCGCCAAAUCCACCAGCAGCUCCUCGCCCCUCGACAACGUGCUCCUCAAAUAUCGGCAUCUCAGCGCAGGCACGCAAUCCGAACACAUGGAAGACGCUGCAAAUGAAUACGAGAAGCGCGCUGCAGCCAAGUACCGGCCACUGACUUGCAACGACUGCAAUCGCAAGUUCUGUCUGGACUACGAACUGCCGACCUGCAAGGGUGCCAAGGAGGAGGAUGUGUUUACCACGUGCUUUCAGCGCGAUUCGCAGAAGGAUGAGGCGGUGGUGUUUAUUUUCAUUAUUGCGACGGGGGGGUUGGUUGCGUGGGCGGCGCUGAGGCCGUGGGUUCAGAAGUGGCUCGAGGCGGCCCGCGAGCGAAGAUCGUAUAUCCCUGUGGCCCAACCGGAGACCCGGUAG